CUGGAUACAUUCAGCGUGACGCAUAUAAAGAACACAGGACUUGAUUUUAUUGUUUGGUUUGGAAGCUUUUUUUCUUUUUCACUAAAUCAUCUGACUGUCUUCAGAAUAAUGAAACCCAUCAUGUUCCUUCUCCUGCUGCUCCUGGAGACGCACUCGGCUCACACUUACGAGAAUGUGGCCUUGCGUGGAAAGGCGACUCAGUCGACCCGUUAUGGGGACGAAUACGGCGCUGCUUACAAUGCGAUUGAUGGAAAUCGAAAUUCUUUUUGGCUGGCUGGCUCCUGUACCCACACUAACGAAGAGACCGGCCCCUGGUGGAGAGUGGACCUGCUGCGUCCCUACACCGUCACCUCCAUCGCCAUCACCAACAGAGCAGACUGCUGCGAGGAGAGGCUCAACGGGGCGAAGGUUCACGUCGGCAACUCGAUAAAGAACAACGGUGCUGCCAACCCAGUUGUUGGUACAGUUGAUAGAACUGAUCAAGGAGAAUUGAUCACUCUGACUUUCACUGAACACGUGGAGGGACGUUACGUCACGGUGGUUCUACCAGGAUCAGGGAAAUACCUCACACUCUGUGAAGUGGAAGUCUACGGGUACCGCGCCCCGACUGGAGAGAACCUGGCACUGGGAGGAAAAGCCUCUCAGUCGUCACUGUACAUGUUCGGCGCCGCCUAUAACGCCAUCGACGGGAAUCCUGGCAGCAAGUGGGAGGACGGCUCCUGCACUCACACGCAAAACAACGUCAACCCCUGGUGGCGACUGGAUCUGCGUCAAACCCACAAAGUGUUCUCCGUUAAGAUAACCAACCGAGAGGAGGACGCCGAACGACUCGAUGGAGCCGAGAUCCGCAUCGGAGAUUCCCUCGCCAACUUCGGCAACGACAACGCCAGGUGCGCUGUGAUCACCAGCAUCCCAGCGGGUGGUGUCGGUGAGUUCCAGUGUAACGGGAUGGACGGUCGCUACGUCAACGUGGUCGUCCCCAGGGAGGAGUUUCUGAGCCUGUGUGAGGUGGAGGUGUACGGCUCUCCUCUGGAUUAGUGACGUUAACAAUACAAAUCAACAAUCAGACAUAUUUUCUAUACUAAAUUGUAACAGUCAUCCUAUUGUGAAAUUAUUUCUUAUGUCACUACUGGUGCGUAUGUUUUUAUUUGUAUGGCUGUUGUUGAGUGUUUAUUGAAAUCAUCAAUACCGAAAUAAAAAAUUAACAAUAA